GUUUUCCUUUCAGCUCAAAAGAGAAUGACAUAAGUCAUUUCAUUGUCAAACAUCAACACACGAACACCUUUAAAAUUCCAAAUCUGGAAUAUAUUUCUCUAACGGGUCAAAGCCUCACGAAUCGAAGAUGUGUAGCCCCUGCUGUGGACCUUGUGGACCUUGUGGACCUUGUGGACCUUGUGGACCCUGUUGCAGUCCUUGCUGCGGCCCCUGCGGCCCAUGCGGCCCCUGCGGUCCUUGCGGUCCCUGCGGCCCGUGUGGCCCUUGUUGCAGUGACUGUUGCGGCCCAUGCUGUGGACCCUGUUGCAGCCAGUGCUGUGGCCCAUGCUGUGGACCCUGUUGCGGCCCCUGCUGCAGUCCUUGUUGCGGCCCCUGUUGCAGCCCUUGUUGCAGCCCCUGCUGUGGACCUUGUUGUGGGCCAUGUUGUGGGCCAUGUUGCGGUCCCUGCUGUGGCCCCUGCUGUGGCCCAUGCUGUGGACCCUGCUGCAGCCCUUGUUGCAGCCCCUGUUGCGGCCCCUGCUGUGGACCUUGUUGUGGGCCAUGUUGUGGCCCAUGUGGUCCAAAGUGCAAGUGAGAAGGUGGCAAAGACACAAAUGUCACCAUAAGUUCGUUAAAGCCCGUUAGAGAAUCCACAAUAUCAACUCUCCAGAAAAGUCAAUGAAAAUACAUGGAAAUUCAACCAAAAA